GCGAUUGCGACCGCCGAACGCGUCCGUGAUGCUUUGGACGAGGGACUUGUCUCCAUAGGAAUCCGAUCCUCAGAGGGUCUGGCAGGAAGGUCGCGCAAGUCGAGCUCGCUUCCUCGCCGCCGUCUGUGUUUCUCGCGCAAUGGCAGGCGUCGUGGGCGUCGCCCGAGUGCUCUCGCUGGCAUGCUGUCCCGCGCCGUGUACUCCGCAGCUCAUCCGGGUAAUCACGAGGACGAAAGCUUCCCACACUACCGUUCGUACCGUCUCGUCCCGUCCGGCGGCUGCACUCUCGCCGGCUGCACUCUCGCCGGCAGCAGCCGACGCAGCAACGACAAGCUGUCUGCGGCACAUACACGGUCGAUCUGCCCUUCCCGCCCCGCGCUCUUCGCUACGGACACGAGCCCCCUACUCCACAUCCGCGCCGUCACCGGGCCGUAAGUUCGUUUACAAUGUGGCGGCAUCAUACAUCGCCAAGGGCCGCGGCUACGACCCGUCGGUCCAUCUAUUCCAGUUCAACCCGUACAACCGCGUGCAGCCACUAAAAGCGCCCCGAGGGAAACACGCCAGGCCCGAGUCUGGACAGGACGCCUUCUUCGUGAGCCGCCUUGGCGCCGUCCCCGGCGAGGUGGCGCUCGGCGUAGCGGACGGCGUGGGCGGGUGGAUGGACAGCGGCAUUGACCCAGCCGACUUCUCGCACGCCUUCUGCGAUUACAUGGCCGCCACGGCCGCCGCGGCGCCAGCUGUGAUGCGGGGGACAGGCCAGCCCCUGACGGCGCGGCAGCUGAUGCAAAAGGGGUACGAAGCCGUCUGCCACGACCCGACCAUCUGGGCGGGCGGUAGCACCGCCAUCGUCGGGCUGCUCAAGGCCGAGGGCCUGCUCGAGGUUGCCAACCUGGGCGACAGCGGCUUCAUCCUGCUGCGGCUGAACGGGGUGCACGCGUUCAGCGAGCCGCAGACGCACGCGUUCAACACGCCGUACCAGCUGAGCGUGGUGCCGCCGAGCAUGCUGCUGCGCGCCGCGACGUUCGGCGGCGCACGGCUCAUGGACCAGCCGCGCGACGCCGAGGUGACGCGCCACCGGCUCCGCCACGGCGACGUGCUCGUCUUCGCGAGCGACGGCCUGUGGGACAACCUCUUCAACCAGGACGUCCUGCGCAUCGUCAGCCGGACCAUGGCCGGGGCCGGCGCGUGGGCCGGCACCGAGAGCGGCGUGCAGGUGGCGCCGGAUCUGCGGCCGUACACCAGGAUAGGAGAGAACGGCCUGGCCGCCGACGGGCGCCCGACGCUGCAGAGCGCGCUGGCCACGCAGAUCGUCGGCGCCGCGAGGGCUGCCAGCGUCAACACCAAGCUGGACGGGCCGUUCGCGAAGGAGGUGAAGAGGUACUACCCGGACGAGGUGUGGCACGGCGGCAAGGAGGACGAUAUCUGCGCCGUGGUUGUCGUGGUGUCGGAAGAAGAGGCGCCCGUGAAAACGAAUCCUUGACGACGCGGCUCGACCACGCCUUCGCUACUAUAACAUAACGAACACAACCAUCCGUUACCGGCCAGAACUUGCAUAUAUGAUGUUGUCGACGUUCUGUAUCGCGGGCGUUUUACAAACAGCGGCAAAAAAGUCAGGGCAUCUUUCUGUUUCUGAGCAUUGCACGGCGUUGAAGCUUAGAACAUCAUCCUGCCGGCUUCGAAUCGGCUCAGCACUCGAGGGUACACGGUUACCGGUUUUCUCAGAAACCCGCCAGGA